AUGGGAAAACGUGUACUUGUAGGAUACGGCAUCGACGUAGAUGCAGUCAGUGGCUGGCUCAAUACCGAGGACGGCCAUAUCCCUGACCUCACUGACAUAUCGCGUGGUAUAUUCGGCGCGACAGUGGGAAUCGACCGACUUUUGAAAUUAUGGGACAAGUACAACAUCAAGACGUCUUGGUUCAUCCCAACUCACUCACUUGAGUCAUUCCCGGAUCAGAUGAAGAAGAUCAACGAUGCUGGUCAUGAAAUUGGUUUACAUGGAUAUACCCAUGAGCAUGUAGAUAUGUUGACAGAGCAACAAGAGCGAGAUAUUCUCGCCAAGUCAAUCCAAGCAGUCAUCGCCUUCACUGGAAAGCACCCUAAAGGAUGGACUGCCCCAUCCUGGAGAACAUCAAGCCGGAGCAUCAAAUUAUUGGAAGAAUUUGGUCUGGAGUAUGACCACUCGUUUAUGCAUCAUGACUCACAGCUUUACUAUGUCCCCUAUGGUUCUGAAGGCCUGGUCGCUACCGAUCUCUCCAAGCCGGCUGAGCAAUGGAUGAAACCAAUGGCCAAGCUGGAGCCCAGCAAAAUCGUGGAAGUACCUGCAAACUGGCAUCUGGAUGACUGGCCACCAUUCCAAUUGACUGAAGGCCCAUCACAUGGGUAUGUCGAUCCGGAUGUCAUUGAGAGACUUUGGAAAAGUCAAUUCGACUUUUUGUAUCGAGAGUACGACACAUUUGUCUUUCCGAUAUCGAUUCAUCCUCAAGUUAGCGGAAAGCCUCAAGUUAUCAUGCUUCAUGAGAGACUCAUUGAGUAUAUCAAUUCGCAUGAAGGCGUGGAGUGGUGUACAUUUGCACAGAUGGUCGAGGAGUUCAAGUCGGGAAGGAUUGAAGGUGUAGAUGUGGUCGGUGGAGUAGGUCUGUCAUAA